CAAAGUACUUACAAGUACUAGUAGAUAGUAUUUAGUAAUCACUAAUCAUAGUUAAUAAUUCAUAUUUAUUAUUUUAUAUAUUUAGUCACAUCUUGAGCCUUGACGGCUUGAUUGAUGUGUGGCUUCAUUUCUGUAGUUUUAAUUUUAAGAAUAAAGUGUCAAUGGUUAUUUAUACAAAAUGUGUGCUGAUAUUAUUACCUCUAUAUGGUCUAUCACAAUUAAAUCAAAUCGUACAAUCGUUGGAAUUAGAAACACAACCUAAAACGGAACAAUAGGUAUUUCUAUAAAAGUCUUAUUGUUGUAAUCGACGUUGAAGUGCUAUGAUACAUAAGAGUUAAUAUUUAAUUUUUAUCCAGUUUUAAAAAGAAACACAGUUAAAUAGUCAAAAUGAGUUAAUGUAUACAUAACUAUGGCUGAAACAAGAGAGGAUGAAUCUCUUGUUGAUUCCUCAGUGAUAACUUCAUUUACAAAAAUCAGUACAGCAUUGUUUUAUGCAGCGGCAUCUAUGCUAAUCACUGUUGUAAAUAAAUCUGUACUUACUAGUUAUGGAUUUCCAUCAUUUCAAUUCUUAGCUAUCUGUCAAAUGUUUAUGACUGUAAUUGUGUUGUUUAUAGCCAAAAGUUUAGGAAAAUUAAAAUUUCCAGACAUUAAUAGAUAUACAUUUAUUGAUACAUUUCCAAUGCCUUUAAUAUACUUAGGUAAUAUUGAAUUUGGUUUAGGCGGCACUAAAGAACUGAGUUUGCCAAUGUUUACCAUGUUAAGACGUUUCUCUAUUUUAAUUACUAUGUUAGGUGAAUACUAUUUACUCAGCAUUAGACCAAAAUUAUCAGUAAAAAUUUCUGUAGGUUUGAUGGUAUCUGGUGCUAUAAUAGCUUCCAGCAAUGAUUUAGGGUUUAAUUUUCAUGGUUACAUAUAUGUAUUAUUCAGCGAUGUGUUAACUGCCGCUAAUGGAGUUUUCACUAAAAAGAAACUAAAUUCAAAAAAAGAAAUGGGAAAAUAUGGACUAAUGUACUAUUCAUCAUUAUUUAUGAUGCCACCAGCAUUAAUACUUAUGUAUCUCUCUGGAGAUUUGGAGAAAGUAUAUAGAUAUGGCUAUUGGUUACAUAUCCCAUUUUUAAUACAAAUGUUUGUAUCAUCUUUUAUGGGUUUUAUCUUAAACUACAGUAUUAUGUUGUGUACACAACAUAAUUCUGCAUUAACAACUACUAUUAUUGGAUGUCUUAAAAACAUAUUUGUUACUUAUUUGGGCAUGUUUAUUGGUGGGGAUUAUGUGUACACUUUGAAUAAUUUUAUUGGAAUUAAUAUAAGUGUGAUUGGUAGCCUUUUUUAUACUUAUGUCACGUUUAGACCAUCCACCCCUGCUCAGAUAAAAACACCUGGUACCAUAAACGUGUAAGACUUGUACACUAAAAUCCCCUAUAUUUAAUAUUUAUUUUAAUUGUUAUCUGUAUUUAUUGUAUGUACAAUUCAUACAAAUUAUAUAUUAUGUUUAUUAUGUAAUUUUAUCAAAUGUAUACAAAUAAAUAAUAUAGUUAGCUACCUUUCUUAUUUUUUUUAGAUUUUAAAUAAUAAAAAAUCAAAAUUGUGAAAAGGCAUUUUUUAAUC